AUGAGUAAAGCAAUAUCUAAAGUUCAGUUGAAGGCUAUUGUAGACGCAAUUACCAAGUUGUAUCCUGCAAGCUAUGCAGACGGAAGCUGGGACAACACAGGCCUGCUGAUUGAUUGCUCAGCAGCAACUACUAGCGUGAUAAAACCUAAAGUUUUACUAACAGUAGACUUGACAACGUCGGUCGCUCAAGAAGCAAUCGACAAAAAUUGCAAUUUUAUAUUGGCUUAUCAUCCUUUCAUUUUUCCAAGUUGGAAGAAGCUGAGCCCCUGGACAAAUCCACAACAUGAGUCUGCAAUUAAGCUAAUCCAACAUGGCAUCAGUGUGUAUUGUCCACACACAGCGGUAGAUGCGGCUAAAAAUGGGGUAAAUGAUUGGCUCGUUACGAGUCUUUGCGGUGGCGAUUCCUCUCUCAUUCAAUCGUCUGUCAGCAUAGAGAAAGUCGACCCACAACAGGGAGAAGAGGAGCAUGAAGUCGGAUACGGUCGUGUUGUUAGGUUUUCUAGACCAUACAGCCUCGAUGCUAUCAUUCAAAGUGCCAAGAAGUCGUUAGGAAUCGAUCACUUGCAGGUCGCCACCAAACACACCGACCUUUCGCAGCACAUGAUACAGAGUGUAGCACUAUGUGCCGGCAGCGGUUCGGGUGUAUUUAGAAAUCUAAGAGAGAGUGUGGACCUCUAUUUUACUGGGGAACUAUCGCAUCACGAGGUUUUGAAGUACAGAGAGAUGGGCAAGGCUGUCAUAACCUGUAACCACUCCAAUACCGAACGUGGUUACUUGAGAGCGAUAAUGCAAGAUGCGCUCAAGGGCGAGAACAUUGAGUGCGAGGUCAGUGCCUCUGACUGCGAUCCGUUGAGAGUUGUGUAA